GUGAAAUAUGGCACAAAUUCGUUAUUAUUAAAUUUAACCUAGAAGACAUCUGUUUCUGUUCGUGGUGUAUCUCCGACAUAACAUAAAUGAGCAUUUAAAAGUAUAACAUGUGGCUAGCCUGAACUAUAUUCGGCAAUCUAAUCUAGCGAUAGCAGCUCGCCUGGCGUGUCUGAACAUGCCCUUGUCUGACUGGGUACUGUACAUUGGUGCUGUGGCCCUUUAAAAGGCGAUCCCAUGCGGAGCGGCAGCUCUGACGGCGUUGGUCUUACGUCUCCUUUCUCUCCGGUCAAACCAUUGUAAGUUGAAGUAGAGCUCGCCGAAUGCUGAAGGAGGAUCGGGACUGCAUAGGAUUUAGCAGCUCUGUUUGAGACAAGGCGUGCAGAGAAGGACCUCACCAUUCGGAUCGUUGUUUUUCCCGCAAAGGGACUGCGCUUCGAACGCACGUUCGUGUUUUUGGGUAGACACCGUCAGCAUAGCUUUGCUUCUUUCUUGCUGGUCAAUCAACUUAAGAGUGAAAAGGAAAACGGCAAACGUGUUGCCGUUGGGAGGCAAACGGCUGCACGAGAGCAGCAACAUUCUGGCUCGUUUCAUUCCUUUCAUCUGACAAGACUGCGUCUUUUAAAACCAGUAUAGCAUACGAAAUUGGGUUUACGAAUUGAAUCUCCUGUGUCUUUGGUCCUAAUGUGGUUGUAUCGCGACUUGCCCAUCGAAUGGGACGUUUUCGUGACGCUGAUACGCUUUCUCUGUGGCUAUUGGCGAGGUGCGCUGGAGAUAUAUAGUUGCAUUACAUCAGUGCUUGGAUUGAUUUUGAGUGCGACACAGCAACGCAAACCGCUCUGCGUGGGGGAAGGUUGUGGGAUCUGAACGGGUCUCGGUGAAUGGACUGUACAAGUCAGUACUGGGAUCUGCGCUGAACACCAGGUUAUACUGAUCGUGAAGACGCAUUCAUGGAACGGGACUUUGACAGCGUACCUGUCUAACUUGAAUAGAGAGUUGCGUGGAGCGAUAUAUGUUGGAUAUUUCAAUGGCGGAGACCACAUCCCCAGAGCGUCUGUCCUCUCUGGACGUCGCCAUAGAUCCGGACUUCGAGCCUCAGAAACGACCGCGAUCUUGUACUUGGCCAUUACCUGAGUCCAGCUCGGCAAAGCCUGAAGCCAGCGACGCGGGCGUUAUCCCCGAGGAGGAAUAUGACGAGGACGACAGCGCAAUGGCCAUCAAUCCAAACGACGCUGGAGCUCGGGGCGACAGCGGCAGCGCCGGUCCGCUGGUUAACGGAGUGCACUCCAGUGGAGGUCCGGAAGCUGCGGGUUCCCCGCUUUCUUCACAGUCCCAGAUCGCUGCUAAGCCAAACGCCGGGGUGAGCAGUCAGGGCAGCCAACAGCAAACCCCGCGCAAGUCAUCCUCUCGCCGAAACGCAUGGGGCAAUCUUUCAUAUGCAGACCUAAUCACCAAAGCUAUAGAGAGCGCACCCGACAAGAGACUAACCCUCUCUCAGAUUUAUGACUGGAUGGUCAGAAGUGUGCCAUACUUCAAAGACAAAGGAGACAGCAACAGCUCCGCUGGUUGGAAGAAUUCCAUCCGGCACAACCUGUCCCUGCACAGCCGCUUUGUCCGUGUCCAGAAUGAGGGAACUGGGAAGAGCUCAUGGUGGAUGAUAAAUCCCGAAGGGGGGCGGGGAGGCAAGGCCCCGCGCCGCCGCGCUGUCUCCAUGGACAACGGAAACAAGUACACCAAGAGCGCACGGGGACGUGCGGCUAAGAAGAAGGCAGCACUGCAGGCUGCUCAGGAGGGAUCGCUGGAGAAUGUGUCUGCAGGGGGGCUGUCCAAGUGGCCAGGAAGUCCAACAUCCCGCAGCAGUGAUGAACUGGAUCCCUGCUGGACUGACUUUCGCUCGCGAACGAACUCCAAUGCUAGCACAAUCAGUGGCCGCCUGUCCCCUAUCCUAGCCAAUCCAGAGUUAGAUGAGGUUCCGGACGAUGAGCUUGGCCCUCCCCUCUCUCCAAUGCUCUACUCCAGUCCCAGCAGCCUUUCGCCUCCAUCAUCGACUUCCUCGAACUCCAAACAAUGCCCAGCUGAGCUUCCACGACUAGGCACUAUGAACCUCAACGAUGGUCUGUCUGAUAACCUUAUGGAUAGUCUUCUGGACAACAUAACUCUAGCCCCAUCGACACAGACAAGUCAGGGAGGUUCUGCCUUCAGUUUUGGAAGCACCACUCCCUCUCCAAAUUCCUCCUCUUCUUCACCAAAUGGGGGUAAUAAUAGUGGAGCGUUCAGUAAUUCCAUUUUUGGGCCCUCUACUGGGGCCCUACGCCAGACACCUAUGCAGACCAUACAGGAGAACAAGCAGACAUCCUUCUCAAGCAUUUCUCACUUCAGGAACGCCACACUUCAGGACCUGCUGAACUCAGACUCACUAGGCUCCCACAGCCACAGUGAUGUCAUGAUGACACAGUCUGACCCACUUAUCUCACAAACCAGUGCAGCUGUCACUUCUCAGAGCUCCCGCCUCCGCAACGGCCUCAUGCUCCCCAAUGAUCCCAUGAUGUCAUCAUUCAGCUCUGGACUCAAAGGUCAGAACAGUCUUCUCCAGAACAACCGACACCAUCCAGGCUCCAAUGCCCAGGGCUUGCUGCACUCGUUAUCCAAAAACGGGCACCCAACCCUGUCUAAUGAUGCUAAUAACAUAGCCUCAGCCAAGCAGCACCUCCAACAGCAGACCUCCAUGCUGCUGAGCGAUACAUCUCCUUACUCUGGGAUGAACGGAUGCACUGGAAUGGGGAUUGGGCUCCAUUCAGGAACGGACCGCUUUCCUUCAGACUUGGACUUGGACAUGUUCAAUGGGAGCCUCGACUGCGAUGUGGACUCCAUAAUCCGCUCAGACCUGAUGGAUGCAGACGGGCUGGACUUCAACUUUGAUGCCCUGGUGCAGAAUGGUGUCAACCUCAACCCUCCUGGCAACUUCAACGGGACAAAACAGUCCAGUCAAAGCUGGGUACCUGGCUGAGAGCAGUCCCAAGGCUCAGAACUUCAGUGCAAAAAAACCCACAUGAUCAAAAAUUCCAUCCAACACAGACUCACGCCACCUGUUGCCAACGCUACUGUCAGCAGCAAGCACUGGAUCUGUUUACAGACUACAACUUUGAAGACUCUUACCUUGAGUCCAGUAAACACACCACCAUAAAAGACUGACUGCAAAGGUCACAGGAGUACCAGCUCACUUCCAAAUGCCCUGUAGACAAAUAAGUUGACGCCAAAUCAACGAUGAAUCAUUUCACUAUUAUGCAAGCCUAAAGAAAAUCAUUGAAAUCAAAACCGUUUGAAUCAAAACCAAUCUGAAGUCAAAUAUUUUUGGAUGGGUUAAAAGUAAUGACUCAAAAAAGAAUUUUGAAAAAGUCUUAGACGUCCAAAAUUGCUCUUUGAGUUAUAUUUGAGAGUUUCUGCUGUCUUUGCUGUUUUAAUGGUUAAAUGCCUGGUAAUCUCCAAGCAUCACUUAUAGUAAUCAUUACUGAUUUGAUGAUAAGAAAAAGAAAGAGGAUUAAAUCACAUUGAUCUUUAUACCACACCACCUUGCAAAUUUCAAAAUAACACUCAGGUGGAGUAAUAUCUUGACUUGGUGCACUUAAGGUUCUGCCUACAUUUUGUGUAUUGUUAGCAGCAUAAACAGUUUCCAAUUUGAAGUAGUAGCCUAAUAUCAGUACUGAAGUAAAACUUAUUGUAGCACAAUAUAAUAGGAGAACUUACUUUUGUUGUGUGUACUGUAUGUAACUAUUAAAAAAGAAGAAAAGGUCAUAAGUUCUGGCUCUCUUGUGAAUGCUUCUAAGUGGGAGGGCUUAGCUGGUGAAAGAAUGCUUAAUUAGCCAGCAAAGCAUUAUGUGAACUUUGGCAUAUAAAUGUAGCCAAAUUAAUGAAUAGGUAAAUGUACAUGCAUUGUGAACAUUUCCAUGCCAUACCGGUGCUAAAUAAUCAGUGUUGAGCCUUGUCCUUUCUUGAUGCCAUGUGUGUUCACGAGCCUUGAAGGACAGAGCAUUAAAAAUUAGCAUUAGCAAUUAGCAUAUGGCAGCAUUCAGUGGUGGGUAGGCCUUCCUUCUGGAAGCCAUCUUUACUGAGCAAAUACAAUAAGCUAUGUUUUGUAUAUUUGCCAAAUUACUUGAACCUAGAGGAAAUGCUGGUAGCCAAAAUCAAGAGUAAAUACACAGUUAAAUUUAGGGACUUCCUGUUCCUGUAUGCAAAUUAUAUCACCAUGGCUCAGGGGUGAAAGGGGUCACAUGAUGACAUUAGGACCCCCAUCUAGAUUUAACUACAACAUGGUUGUAUACAAUUUCUUUGCAAAAGGAAAAUGUUGGGGUAUGUGUAGAAAUGUAUACAAAAGCAACAAACAUCUUGGACAAGAACAGGAAACAACAGCAACCAACAUCAAUUUUAUUGUAGUGGUAGGGUGGAGGGUGUUUUUUUUUCCAUUAAAAUUUUUUGUUUGUUUCAGCUACUGUCACAAUUGAGUAAAAUCAUGAAAUCCACAAUCCCUCAAUGUCCUGUGUCACUCUCCCUCAGAAGGAGUUACCCUCCACUAAGUACAUCCAUGUAUGCAUGUAUGUAACUGUGCAUAGGCAUCGUGUGAAAUAUGCUUCAAUUCAUGUAAUGUUGUGAUGACACAGUACCAGUGAAUUAUGAAGGUUGAUGUUUUGAUGAGAAUGGUGUGGGCCUCAUUGUUGUGAAGACUUUGAAAUACUAAUGGGGGCUCUUCUCAAAGCCCAGGUUGUAAAAUAUUCCAAGAGCAUUUUUCAUUCGUUACUUUGAAGCCACACAAGCCAGCAAGUACACAGUCAGGAGACCAAAAGCCAUGUAACUAUGGUAGUUCUGACCAGUGGAGGCAUGGCAGGCUUACACAAAAGUGCCAUCAGGGGUGUAUAGCACAUUCUCUCACCCUAACCAUCCUGCCCUUGUUAGAUUUAUUUCUACACACACACACCACACAUACACACACACACACACACACACAAAAGAAAAAAAAAGCCCAACGCCCAAUGUAAUGGCUGCAUGGCAUAUGGUAAAACCCAUGGAAGGACUGAACAUCUCAAAAUGCAAGACAUGACUAAAAUAUAGUUUGGAAAACCUCCACAGAGAUCAGCAACAUUUAGAAACUCCUAGAAUAUCCCUCAAAACAAUGGAUUUUUCUGAAACAUUGGCCUGUUUUUUGGACAGCCCUGCAUGUAUUCUUUAUUCUUCUUUUUGUUUGGGGAAAACCUCAAUGUCUUCUCGUCAUUUCAACACAACUCCUCACAUUUUCUCAUGAAUCAUGUUAAGAAGCAGCGAUAUAAGCACCACUAUUCUAAUCUCUUUUCUCCAUCUCCAGACCUCUCCCCGCAUCUCUCACACAUUAGCUUCAUCCCCCUGACCUCUUGAUCCUGUAAUAAUGGCUUCUGUUCAAUGUUAGUGCGUAUUUUCUCCUGUGUACUCCAUUUUGAUUUGUAAUCUAGUUUGUAUAAGAAAUGGUGCGCAUGUAAAUAAAGCUUGGUUGAGCUGUA